GCGGAAUCAAAUAGUCAUGUAUCAGUAUGUCAAGGAUUUGAUCCAUCAAAAUCUGGUGCUGCGCUAUGGUCGUCGUUAUGGGACACGGGAGAUCUACCUCAAAAGGACGAUGAAUGUAUUCCUGGCUCUACAGAGUUAGGUGUCGGAGUUUGUCAGCGUUUCGCUGUCCCGGCAAACACAUCAAGGACAGCAGAGUUUGCGUUAGCAUGGGAUAUGCCUAACGUGUUGUUUGGUGCAUCAAGAAGAUGGUAUAAAAGGCGAUAUACAAGGUUUGUAAGAGGAGCAUCAUGCCUUUGUGCUCGAGCCUUGGGAAGAAGAGCUCAAUGGGAAAAAGCGCUGGAUGAGUGGCAAAUGCCUAUUUUACACAACCCCCAACUGCCUGAAUGGUAUAAAUCAGCGAUUUUCAACGAGCUCUACUUCAUGACUGAUGGAGGAUCGCUUUGGUUUGAAUAUGAUGAUGACUGGGCCAAAAAUGAAACCCAACUAAGCGACUAUACCAAAAAUCUUAUGAAACAGUAUGGUAGAUUUGGAUAUCUGGAAUCUUGGGAAUAUCGAAUGGUUAAUACUUAUGACGUGCAUUUUUAUGCAUCGUUUGCGAUAGCUCAAUUAUGGCCUCACAUAGAACUAACGGUUCAAUCGGAAUUUAGUAAGUACUUUUAA